GGGAAAGUGAGCGAGAGUUGGCGGGUGUGCAGUGGUGUCCUGCGCUCCAGGAUUCAGCCUCAGUUCUCAGCCUGCAGCAGAGCCUCCACAUCUCUCCUCUCUGUGCUCAUCUUCCCCCCACUCUGACUCUGUUCCUUCCUCUUCUUUCCCUUCCUCUCAUUUCAUUUGCCAGCCCACCUCCUCUAUAAUCUCUGCUUUUCAGUCAUCAGCACUGAUCGCUUUCUCCUGCUCCUCUACUCUACUUUUCACUCUCUCCAUCCCUCUCCCUCUUCUGAACCUCUAAUCCCGCUUAUUUUCCGCGUGGUGGAUGGAGUGAGAGGCUCUUUCAACACCUGCACACUCUCCUCUCCGGUCCUCCUCCCUGCAUCACAUCCCAUGGGCAUCCGUGCAUCUUGCAGACCAGAGCCUCAUGGUCGUGGAGGCGGCUCUCAGCAGGGUCAGGCAGACUCUCCCCUCCCAGAGCAGGAUGAGGAGAUCCUGGGCUCUGAUGAUGACGAGCAGGAGGACCCCAACGACUACUGCAGGGGUGGAUAUCACCAUGUGAAGAUUGGAGAUCUGUUCAACGGGAGGUACCAUGUGAUCCGUAAGCUGGGCUGGGGGCACUUCUCCACUGUGUGGCUGGCCUGGGACAUCCAGGAGAAGCGCUUUGUGGCCAUGAAGGUUGUAAAAAGUGCUGAACAUUACACCGAGACAGCUUUGGAUGAGAUCAAGCUGCUCAAAUCCGUCAGAAACACAGAUCCCAGUGAUCCUAGCAGAGAGAAAGUGGUGCAGCUGCUUGAUGACUUCAAAAUUUCUGGCAUGAAUGGAACUCAUGUGUGUAUGGUAUUUGAGGUACUGGGCUACCACCUUCUGAAGUGGAUUAUCAAGUCAAACUAUCAAGGUCUGCCCCUACCUUGUGUUAAAAGCAUCAUAAAACAGGUUCUGCAAGGUUUAGACUACCUCCAUACCAAGUGUAAGAUCAUCCACACAGACAUCAAGCCAGAGAACAUUCUGCUGACUGUCAAUGAGCCCUACAUCAAGAAGAUGGCAGCCGAAGCUACGCAGUGGCAGAAGACCGGCGCCGUGCCUCCCUCGGGUUCUGCAGUGAGCACAGCCCCAGCUCCCAAAUCAAUGGCCAAAAUGUCAAAGAACAAAAAGAAGAAAAUGAAGAAGAAGCAAAAGAAGCAAGCAGAGCUGCUGGAGAAGAGAAUCCAGGAGAUGGAGGGAGGAACAGUGCCUGAUGGUGGAGAAGAAGAGGAGGAUGAGGAGACAACAGAGACCACGGAGGAUGCAUCUUCCUCAGCCACCCUCUCUAUGUCUGCCACACUGCAGGACAUCACAAGCCAUACUAACACAGACUCGACUCCUGACGAGCAGCCCCAGCAAAUACCAGACGUAAACGAGCGCAAAGAGGACGCUCCUGAGGAUAACAAAAUGGAAGUCAAUUGCAAUGGUCACGCCUCCACACCGGAGGACGAGACCCAUCUAGAGGCACAAGGGACUACGGAGCAGUCUACAGAGGAACAGGAGGACCAACAGAACGCAAACCAACCAGAAAACAACACAGGGACCUGCGACACAUUAUGUAACAAAGAAGAGAAUGAGACAUGUAACGGAUCAGAAGGGAACCCCGACACCAGCCUGCAGCAAACCUCAGCCACCCUCAGUCCAGACUCUGUCACUGUGGAGCUGAAGGAGGGAAACAAAGAGGAGAAGAAGGAGGAGGAGAUGGACACUCAGGGGGAGAAUAAAAGAGAGAACGAAGAAGAAGAAAGCCAGAAUGGAGCAUCAGGCAGUAUGUUAGUCAACCCCCUGGAGCCUCUCAAUGCAGACAAGCUGCAGGUUAAAAUCGCUGACCUAGGCAAUGCCUGCUGGGUGCAUAAACAUUUCACAGAUGACAUCCAGACUCGACAGUACCGUUCUCUUGAGGUGCUGAUGGGAGCCGGCUACAGCACGCCAGCAGACAUCUGGAGCACAGCCUGCAUGGCCUUUGAGCUUGCAACUGGAGAUUAUCUGUUUGAACCGCACUCUGGAGAAGACUACUCCAGAGAUGAAGAUCACAUAGCACUGAUCAUCGAGCUGCUGGGUAAAAUUCCACGGAAGCUGAUCAUUGCAGGCAAAUACUCCAAGGAAUUUUUCACCAAGAAAGGGGACCUGCGUCACAUCACCAGGCUGAAGCCCUGGGGUCUGUUUGACGUCUUGGUAGAAAAGUACGAGUGGUCCAAGGAGGAGGCCCAUUCUUUCAGCAGCUUCCUGUUGCCCAUGCUGGACCUGGUCCCUGAAAGGAGGGCCACUGCAGCCCAGUGCCUGUCCCAUCCAUGGCUCACAUCCUAGAGGCCACCCAUGCGCACCACUCCCCUUAUACUGUGAAAGGAUAAGUUAGGUUUGAGGGCCCUGGGCUUGAAAACAAAAAAUAAACAAACACACUCACAUCUGCAAGAACCUGUGACCGCAUCGUGCCUGCAGCCUCUUGUCUCGGCUCUCACAGGCCAACCUACACACACCUGCAAGCAUCCAAACAAUAGAGAGAGACUGCUGCUGAGUCUUUGUCCUGUUAUGGAUUACACUGGUUAUAGAAGGAGCUCGAGGUCUUAUGCCUGUAUUUAUGGCUCUUUUUUUUUUUUUUUAAAAACUGGCUGCAUAGAACUUAUUGAUCUUGCUUUCUCUAUGUUUUUUCCUGACUCCAGCUCUUUUUCUGCUGUACAUUAUUCUCUGUAUUUUAGCUGUAGAUAAUGGAUGGUCAGAUUUAAAAGGAAAUUGAACUUUUCUACAAAUGCACAAGGCAGGAUGCUAACAAAACCAUAAAGACAGCUUUUGUCAUAUAGAUCACUGAUGAGCCAAAUCUGUCAUCAUGUUAGUUGUGCCAGCUUUUACGCCAUUGGCUUUAAACAGUGUGCAAAGUGCUCAAAUUUAACAACUGCAUAUUGUUAAGUGGAAAAAAGAGUGACUAUUAACCCUCUAAGCACUGUUAAGUUAGCUUUAACCUACAAAAAUAAAAAAACUUUUGUAUAUUUGUAUACAGCAUUAGAAGGCAUACAUUUCAUACAUUGUGCACCAAGAAGACAUUCAUCCAAAAUCACAAUCUGAGAACCAAGCUUUUCAGGUUUACUAGUUGAAGGUAUCGUUUUUAGUUUGACCAUUUUUUCAUGUCCUGAACAAAGCACUUGAUACAAUGUAAUGUGAACAGAAAUCAGAUCCCUACCCUUCUUCGUGCAUGUGGUGGCAGAUGACAUCUUUGCCGAAUGCUGCGUCAUUGCUGCGUCAUACCUGCAUCACGUCCUGCCUGCUAAGAAAGGCUCUUUGUGGCAUUUCCAACAAGUCCAGUGUACCAAAGAGUUAGCCUGUAGUUUCUCCCUCUGCAGCUAAAGCGGUGCACAGUUUCUGAACAGUCGACGGUGUUGAAGACACAAUCUGGAAGGUUUGGGCGACACGUUUUUUAUUUCCAAACGAAUGAAAAAUAAAUCUUUGCUUCAAGUGUACGGGAGCUUCUUUGUCACAUGGAGGUUGGAUUUAAAAAUAAUAGAUUGUACGAAAUACAAAUAUUGUAAGAAUGCUUUGAAUCCCAUCAAAACCAUUUCCUUGUUUUUCUACAAAGUCUCUUCUGUCCGUGUCUCCCCUCUUCAUUUGAUAUUUUUUUCUGUAGGUAAUAAGAAUAAACAUUUUCCAAAAUCUA